AGGGGGAAGGUGGGCCUCGCUGGAGGAGGAGGACGAGGAGGAACUUCCUGCCCCUCCGCUCCUCGGCGCUGAGCGCGGGCCGGGAGGCGGGAGGCGCGGCAAGGUCAGCCUGGCCGGGGGUGGCAGCCUGCCUAGGGGCGGGAGACCCUCCUGGGGGCCGGGCUGCGGCCUCCAAGUGCUUCGGCCAUAUUGAAUAGCCGGCCGUCUUUGUCUGCGAAGUCGUCUCCCAAGUUCCAGGCGCGUCCCCGGGGCCCGGGGCGGGAAGAGCCACGGGCAGCCCGUGCGCCCCACCUCGUUGGCCGCUGGCUGACGGUGGGCUGGGAGCCCCAGGACUGGCCUCGCCUUGGCUCACGUAAGCAUCCUGGGAAUUGAUUCCCACCCGUCUUGGAGGGGAUCCGCACUUGGUCCAGACCGGACUGGUGGCAGGCAGAGAAAUUGGGAAGUGUUCGUUCAUCCCUGGCUGGUGGGGUGCGAGACGCUCCGGGCAGCGCCGCCGGGACCCCACCCCGUCCCCCCAAGACCAGCGGCUUCGUGUAGUUUGGGCUUGUGGCCCCCACUCCAGAUUUCACCCUGGAGAUCUUAAAGACCCUCGAGAAAAGCCACGUGGGGGGCUGGUUCCCCUGGGGCUUCCUCCCCUCCCCCGACUGCCUGAUCCUCUGGAGCGUCCCGGAUGUCUGCAAAGAUGUGGAUCUGGACGUCCUCGUGGAGGCCUUGAAGCCCGUGGGAACCUUUAAGAAGAUCGGCAAGGUGUUCCGCAGGGAGGAGGACUCCACGGUGGGGAUGCUGCAGAUUGGGGAGGAUGUGGACUACCUGCUCAUCCCCCGGGAGGUCCGGCUGGCCGGGGGCGUCUGGAGGGUCAUCUCCAAGCCCGCCACCAAGGAGGCGGAAUUUCGGGAGCGGCUGACCCAGUUUCUGGAGGAAGAAGGCCGCACCCUGGAGGACGUGGCCCGCAUCAUUGAGAAGAACACCCCGCACCCACCCCAGCCCCCCAAAAAACCCAAGGAGCCCCGAGUGAGGAGGAGAGUCCAGCAGAUGGUGACCCCUCCCCCCCGGCUGGUCGUGGGCACCUACGACAGCAGUAACGCCAGCGACAGCGAGUUCAGCGACUUCGAGACCUCCAGAGACAAGGGUGACAAGGGCCCCAAAGGCCCCAGGCGCCGCAGAAGGGUGCGCAGAAUGCCGGUCAGUUACCUGGGCAGCAAAUUCCUCGGGAGCGACCUGGAGAGCGAGGACGACCAGGAGCUGGUGGAGGCCUUCCUCCGGCGCGGGGAGAAACCCAGCGCCCCACCCCCGCGGCGCCGAGUCACCCUGCCCGUGCCCAUGUUUGACGACAGCCCCGGGCCCCAGCUGUCCAAGGCGGACAGGUGGCGGGAGUAUGUCAGCCAGGUGUCCUGGGGGAAGCUGAAGCGCAGGGUGAAGGGCUGGGCGCCGAGGUCCAGCCCCGGAUUGAGCGAGGCCCAGCAGGCCUCACCCCGCGUGGAGAGGGAGGGGGCCUCGGUGCCAGGCGGCGCCCAUCCUGUGGGGGAUGCAGGAGACCCACGGGUGCCUGAGACCCCCCCAAGACGCUGGAGGCCCAAGAUCAACUGGGCCUCCUUCCGGCGGCGCAGGAGGGAGGAAGCAGCGUCCACAGCUCAGGCGGCAGAGGCUGCGGAUGAUCAGAGGGCGGAGGUCGCAGAUAAUCAGAGGGCACGGGCUGCCGAUGAUCAGAGGGCAGAGGCUGCAGAUAAUCAGAGGGCACGGGCUGCCGAUGAUCAGAGGGCAGAGGCUGCAGAUAAUCAGAGGGCACAGGCUGCUGAUGAUCAGAGGGUGGGGGCUGCCGAUAAUCAGAGGGCACGGGCUGAGGAUGAUCAGGUGGCGCAGGCUGCAGAUGAUCAGAGGGUGGAAGCUGCAGCUAAUCAGAGGGAGGAGGCUACAGAUGAUCAGAGGGUGGAGGCUGCAGAUGAUCAGAGGAAGGAGGCUGCAGCUAACCAGAGGGCAGAGGCCAGGGCUCUCCAGGGCGCAGAGGCUAUGGAUAAUCAGGGGGCAGAGGCCCCAGCUGUCCAGAGGUCAGAGGUUGUGGAUAAUCAGGGGGCAGGGGCCCCAGCUGUCCAGAGGUCAGAGGUUGUGGAUAAUCAGAGGGCAGGGGCUCCAGCUAUCCAGGGAGCAGAGGUUGUGGAUAAUCAGAGGGCAGGGGCCCCAGCUGUCCAGGGAGCAGAGGCUGCAGGUGAUGAGGCAGAGGCCAUAGCUGAUCAGAGGGCAGAGGCCCCGGCUGUCCAGGAAGCUGAGGCCUCAGCUGCCCGGGGGUCCACAGGGACAACCCCAGGAACUAGGACCCGGAAACAGGUGAAGACGGUGAGGUUCCAGACCCCUGGACGCUUUUCGUGGUUCCGAAAGCGCCGGAGAGCCCUCUGGCACACUCCGCGGUUGCCAGCCCUGCCCAAGAGAGUCCCCAGGGCAGGCGAGGCCAGGCACCUCAGGGUGCUGAGGGCCGAGGCCAGGGCAGAAGCAGGGCAGGGAGAACAAGAGGACCAGCUGUGAGGUGGGGGCGGGGGGCCGCGGAACACCCCGCCACCUGCCACGUUGUCGGCCACUCAGGGCGCGUCCCUCGCUCUCUCCCCCUUGGACAGGGAGGCCCUGUCUGCCUCCGCACUUGAAGAUGGAGGUGGGGACGGCGGCAGACAGCGCCCUCACAUCUCCACCCAACCCCCCUCUUUGUUUUCUUGUUAAGGUUUUCUCUUUCAUGCGUUGAUUUUUUAAAUAGAGACUCUUGUAGGAACCCAAGGAACGUAAAGAAAGGCCCCAUACAGUGGGGUGGCAUCACCCAUGUUGUUAACUUCCUCAAGUGCAACCCUAGGUGCUCAGCUUGGGAAGGGGGGCGGGGCGGGGAGAAAGGCGCCUUGAACUUGGCGCAAGCCAAUUUGCAAAUAAAAACAUUUCCAAACUCA